GACAUUACAGGCUCAAUGAUGAGUCCUAACCAGACACUAGUGACUGAAUUUGUGCUACAAGGAUUCUCAGAGUACCCUGGGCUGCGAGUUUUCCUGCUUGGCUGCUUCCUCUCCCUCUAUACUAUGUCACUCAUGGGCAAUGCUGUGAUCAUCACUGUGGUCAGCUGCAGUGCUGGCCUACACAGCCCCAUGUACUUUUUCUUGUGUAACCUGGCCACUAUGGACAUUGUUUGUAUCUCCUCUGUGCUACCCAAGGGGAUGGUUGGCUUGAACUCUAAAGAAAACACCAUCUCUUUCCAGGGGUGUAUGCUCCAGAUCUUCUUUCUUGUCUGGUCCGGAUCUUCUGAACUGCUACUGCUCACGGUCAUGGCCUAUGACCGCUACUUGGCCAUCUGUUCCCCCCUGCACUAUAGCUCCAGGAUGAGCCCUCGCCUGUGUGGGACAAUGGCCAUGGGUGUAUGGGGCAUCUGUGCCCUGAAUGCCUCUAUCAACACUGGUCUGAUAAUGAGACUGUCGUUCUGUGGCCCCAAUGUCAUCAAUCACUUUUUCUGUGAGAUCCCCCCACUUCUGCUACUCUCCUGUAGCCCUACGCAUGUGAACAGCAUCAUGACUGUCUUGUCAGACACUUUCUAUGGUGGCAUAAACUUCCUACUAACACUUAUGUCCUAUGGUUGCAUCAUCUCCAGUAUCAUGCACAUCCAUUCAGCCAAGGGGAAGUGGAAGGCCUUCUCCACCUGCUCCUCCCACCUCAUUGUGGCCUCUAUGUUCUACUCAUCUGUGUUCUGUGCCUACAUCAGCCCAGCCUCUAGCUACAGUCCAGAGAGAAGCAAAGUGUUUGGAGUGCUCUACACAGUGCUCAGCCCUACCUUGAACCCCCUCAUCUAUACUCUGAGGAACAAGGAGGUCAAGCAUGCACUGUGGAGACUCUUCUCCUUUUACAGAGGUUAG